AUGGUACAAGGCAUUUGUUACUUGCCGUUCGAAGACUACGACGUUAUUGGUGCUAUUACCCGUACACUUGUUUCCUGGAAUGACGUAUACCAUUUUGCACGUUCUUGUCGCGCCUUGUGGGAGAUAGUCAACAACCACAGAAUCAGCUUGCCUUGGGCAAUUCAGCAGUACGACAGCGUUUCUUGUGGACUCCCUCACUCCAUUUGCCAGUGUCUCCUUUUGAGUGAUUUGAGCAGCAAUGGAAUUGGACCUGUGGAAACUGCAUUGCGACACCAUUUUGAGCACGUCACGAUUAUUGACAUAACAGCUUGCACAACAGUAUCAACAAACAAGGCAAAAGAUCUGGUUGAUUUGAUUGCCAGGUGUCAGCGAGACAUCAAGAUAGUGGUUUUGGAUGCACACAAUGACACUGUUUCAUACGCCAUUACUCGCCAGCUUUCACGAUUGAAAUCAUCAUCAACCAUCACCAUAUCCACCAUGCCACCAAAGAAUGAUCUUGCGCCCAGUACCAAGAGGACCUUCACCAAUCGUCAUGAUGAGGAUGAUGACGCAUAUGAAACGCCACACCAGAUUCGAGAAAUGAAGCGAUACGCAAAGAAUCUUGCCAUCAAAUCGGGUGAUGCUGUGUUGCGCCCACGCGAGCAUGCUCCCACAUAUGUAUCAGCACCUUUUCCAGUGGUCGGCUUGUUCAGCGAUCGGAGAGCAGCAUACAACAGCAGCAAGCUCUCAUUCAUGGAUGAUGCAGAACUUCUUCCUUCAGUAUUGCAUGAUGCCGAUUCGAUCAACAAAUUGGUGAAGCGACAUGGAAAUCAAUUCAUCGAAAGCAUUCUCUUGUUUGAUGAUUACUAUAUUUUUGUCACGGCUUUGGAUGCAUUUGUACAUGGGAAACCAUUGCUUGAUGAUUGUGCAAACCUCGUUCAGAAGCCAUUUCAAGAGACACCUGAAGCUCAGUUACGUGCAAAAGAAUUCCAUGGCAAGGAAUAUUAUGAGAUCUCGAUUUACUUUGGCAAUUUGGAAUUUCUCGUUGUGGGAGGGUUCUUUGGAUCGACAACUGGAAUUACCCGGACUGGAUUUCUCGGCUCAUCCAUACACAACUUGCCACUUGCGCUGCGAUCAUGCAAACAGUCUUCGGAGAUCCUUACACGCGCACUAGCAGCAGACACCACUCAUUCCAAUCGGCUCUUACGCCAAUAUGGGAAGUUCAGCUCACGAUACACCUGGCAGUUCCUGAGCACCUACUAUGUCAUCAAGGGAUUUUAUCCUAUUAAUCCACUCGACUACAAUGGCCAUAUACUUGUCCCAAAAGCCAAGGCGUUCACCACCGAUACACUCAUUUCUGUCAUCCUUCGCAGCACAUCUCGAGCAACAUUUACACAAUCUGAUCUAACAGCUGCAUUAUACGCAACCAUGCAAAUCCCUUCAGUGAAGAAAUUGCUAUCUGGUGAUAGCAGCAUCAUGACGUUCAACAACAUCAUCUCAAAGGUCACCACGUCGACGAAUGAAAAGUACUGUACAGCCCAACUGCAAGAAGCUAUUCGCAUUAUGGGGCUCAUGGAAACCGCUUUGCAACAAGAUGAACAGCACCACAACCUUCUGGGUAUGCUUCCUACGCUGAAAGAAUCAUGUCUGUCAUUCAUGAACAACGGCUUUGCCAAUUCCCUCAAACAUGGAAACACAGCAAUCAUCAAAUCAAUGAGCGUUUAUCAUCCACAAUUGUUCGCAGUAUGA